AUAAAUCUAUCAAUCAAAAAAGUAUCAAACCAAGACUUUUAAAACCUUCCAAUUUAAAAAAAAUAAAUGAUGACGAGGAUUUUUUUGAAAAACCACCUCAAAUCAACAUACCAUGGGAAGAAGUUGAAGAAGGAUUUGAAAGUCUUUUUGUUUGCAAGUCUGAUGAUAUAGUAAAAAAGAAGCACCUAAUUUCAGCAAAACAAAUGAUACAAAAAUUAAGACCCAAUAAAGUUUAUCCUAUUGAUAAACUGGAUAAAUAUGAAAAUAAAUUAAAUGAAUGGAUUAAAGAAUUUGAAAGAGAUUUACAGGAAUCUCAAUUAGAUGAUAAUAGUGAUGGGGAUGAGAAAUAUGGGGCUCAUCAUGUUUUACGUGAAAAAGCAAGAAAAAACCUUGAAAUUUACACUAACAAUAUGAAAAAAAAGAUGACUAAGAAUAACAAAAGAAAAAAAGAAUAUAGCGUUGGUGAAUGUGUAAAAAUAUCAAUACCUAAAAAGGAUAGAAAUUCAACAGAUAGAAUUUUUGUAUUUUGCAAAAUAAUAAACAUUUUAGAUAAUGACAUGUUUCAACUAUCAUGUCAAUUUGGAAUAAUUGAAACGUGUUACUCAUCUUCUGAAUUGGAACCAUUGGAGAAUCAAGAUGUACCUGGGCUUGAUAAUUCGCCUACAAACAAAAUUUCACUUAGAGAAGCUGCUCGUUUGCAAAGUGUUUAUAAUGAGGGUAAUGAUAAUAAUAAUAUUUGUAUUUGUAAUUGCAAAAGAGGGUGUAGAAAUAAGAUUUGCCCAUGCAAAAAGAAAAAUUUAAAUUGUACUACUCACUGCCAUUCUGGAAAAUCAUGUUUUAAUAGAAUUGUAUAA